GAAGAGAAAAAGAGCCGGGACUGGAAGGCAGUAGUAGUAGUGAAAGAGCAGUAAUAUAGAUGAGUAGACACAGAGCCAAAAGGUCCAGUGGACAAAGUCUUGUUUGACACGCCGGUUAUUUUCACCAUUAGUCGGUGCUGCUGUGCACAGAGCUGCUGGGCGCCAAUUAUUAUUUGAGAAGAUUUCGCAGCAGCAGCCCAUCAGUUUUUCUUUUUGGAAGACAAAAACCAAAAGGACGAAAAACUUCUUAACUUAUCCAACGUUCGUUAUAUUUGCGAUUCGUGCGCAGCAAAAACACCUGAAUCCGAAACUUGUUGGUUUUCUUAUUUCAUUAAGUUGGUGCUGGGCGAUUUAAAUUUUGAAUCGCAGUGACAAACUUAUUGAAAUCAUCUGCUGCUGCUGUGCUUCUGUUGCUGUAUACUCAACGAUCCCGGCCGCCAUCUUUUUUUUCGUCUCGAUUGAUUCACGGGCCUACAUUUACACCGAGCGGGAAAUUUGAAAAUACAUAAAUCUCGGCCGUUCGGUGUUUGAUACAUUAGCACAUUUUGUGUGUUUGAGUGGUGAGCGAAGGAGACUAUCCGACAUGAUGUACGCGACGGACAGCAAGGAGAGCAUCCACCAUCACCACCACUCCUCGCCGGGCAGCGGAAGCAGCGGAGGAAAUGGCGGCGGCGGCAACAACGGCAACAGCAGCAACAACAAGCCCAUCAUCACGUCGGCGGCUGCGGCGGCGGCUGCAGCGGCCGCCGCAGCGGCCGCCGCCGUCGUCAACGCCGGCAACUCGUCCUGCUACGCUUCCGCCGCCGGACGCUUCUCGCCAACUUCCUACCGGACGUCCGCCGCCGAGUCCAUGAGACGCUGCAUGACCAACUCACAGAGCCGAGACUAUGGGGGAGGAUUCCUUUACGGCCAGCCGGAAUUGUUCGGCAGUCUGGGCGACGGACUGCUGGCCGCCAGGUCGGAGGCCUUGUCGGUGGUGGCGGCCGCUUCGUCCGGCGGCGGGGGUGGCGGAGGCGAGUCGCUCAAACCGCUGCGCAAUCAUCACGACGGAAGCGGAUUCCUACACGGACACGUCCCGUCGUCCGUCUCCGUCACGGCCACCAUCCAGUCAGCCCAAAACGGCCGCCAGCAUCAGAUGGUCCAUCCAUCGCUGGAUACGAUGGAGAUGAUGGAAGCCUUGUCGGUCAGCACUUCCGUCGGCGGAUCGUUGACGUCCAUGUCGUCGGAUCAGAACGGAAUGUCCUCGUCCGGCAACGGGGGACUGGGCCACCAGCACAAUCCGUUCGGCAACGGCGGCAACGGCGGAUCCGGAAGCGGCGGCCACCACCACUCGCACCACAAUUCCGGCGGCGGGGUCUCCAUGUCCAACCACCCGGGCCUCCACGGCAUGUACAGUCACGCGGCCAUGGCCAGCAACGCCAUGAUGGCCUCGCACAGUCACCACCACCAUCACGCGGCUGCUGCGGCCGCUGCGGCCGCCGCAGCCGCCGCCGGCCUGUCCGGCCACCACCACCAGCACGGCCACCCUCACGGCCACCCUCACCACAUGUCGAUGGGUCCGCAUCACGCUCACGCGGCCGCCGCCCACGCCCACCAGCUCCACCAGCACAGCAACGGCGGGGCCGGCAACGGGAUGGGCGGCAUGGCCGGCAUGGCCGGCAUCCCUCUGGGCAUCCACGACACGGAUUCUGAUCCUCGCGAGCUGGAGGCCUUCGCCGAGCGCUUCAAGCAGCGGCGCAUCAAACUGGGCGUGACCCAGGCCGACGUCGGCAAGGCCCUGGCCAAUCUCCGCUUGCCCGGCGUCGGCGCCUUGUCCCAGAGCACAAUCUGCAGGUUUGAAUCGUUGACGUUGUCGCACAACAACAUGAUCGCCCUGAAGCCGAUCCUCCACGCCUGGCUGGAGGAAGCCGAAGCGCAGACGAGGAACAAGCGCCGGGAUCCGGAAGCGCCGUCCGUCCUUCCGGCCGGCGAGAAGAAGCGCAAGAGGACGUCGAUCGCGGCGCCGGAGAAACGAUCGCUCGAGGCCUAUUUCGCCGUCCAGCCGCGCCCCUCGGGCGAGAAAAUCGCCGCCAUCGCCGAGAAACUCGACCUAAAAAAGAACGUCGUCCGCGUCUGGUUCUGCAACCAGCGCCAGAAGCAGAAGCGCAUGAAAUUCGCCGCUCAACAAUCCUGUUGAACAAUCAAUUCACAAAACAUUUUUAAAAACACCAAAAAAUUAUGAUUUAAUUUUGAAAUCAAUUAAAAUUAAUUUUUUUUCUUCAAAUUUCAAAAACGGAACCAAAGAGAAAAACAAAACACAGUCGUAACAUCGUUCGUAUAGAAAAUCAAUCGUCAAAUCGAUUGGUAUAUUUAUAUACAUAUUUAUAUAUACAUAUAAUUAGAAAGAAAUUAUGUAAUAAGACUGUAUCCGCCCAUGUCGGAUGAGUCACCAGUCAAAAAUGAGUUGCAACCAAAAUCUGGUCAUUUCAACAAAAAAAAAAAAAAAAAAAAAAAUAAAGAAAGUCUCUAAACAAUUCAAUUCUCGUGUGUAAUGUCAAAUGCUUAUCAUUCAAUUUAAUUGUUUCCCUUCUCUCUCAUCUCGUUGUCUCGGUUGAUUUAAAAAAAAAACAUUACAAAUUAUCUAAGAAUAAAUUAAGUCAAAAUUUAACACUAUUACGUGCUCAACGUCUCGAUACACAUAUAAAACUAUACUAUGGGUAUACAAAUUAAUUUAAUUUCAUUGAUAUAGGAUAUUUAAACAAACCAAAA